GCAAGACCCAUCAUGUCUGCUCGUGCUAUAGACAGUUAGCCUGUUAGCAAUCACAACAACACAAGAUCACGGACAGCUAGCGUCACAAUUUAACCAAACACAAAGGGGGCAAACUGCUUCCAUCUGGCGUGUACUGCUGCAGAUGGACGUCAGGACUGAACAUUGACAAGUGGAAGUGACGGAAUCCUUCUCCUCACCCUCUUGCCCCCGACACCUUCUGUCACGCUGGCAAUGUCAAGAGUCCCGAGUCCCCCUCCCCCUGCGGAAAUGUCCAGCGGGCCCGUGGCCGAGAGCUGGUGUUACACACAGAUCAAAGUGGUGAAGUUCUCUUACAUGUGGACCAUCAACAACUUCAGCUUCUGUCGUGAGGAGAUGGGCGAGGUCAUCAAGAGCUCCACCUUCUCUUCGGGGGCCAAUGACAAGCUGAAAUGGUGUUUGCGAGUGAAUCCUAAGGGCCUGGAUGAGGAGAGCAAAGACUACCUGUCUCUCUACCUGCUGCUGGUCAGCUGUCCGAAGGCCGAGGUGCGCGCCAAGUUCAAAUUCUCCAUCCUCAACGCCAAGGGAGAGGAGACCAAAGCCAUGGAAAGCCAGAGAGCAUAUCGCUUUGUCCAAGGGAAGGACUGGGGCUUCAAGAAGUUCAUCCGGAGAGACUUCCUCCUAGAUGAGGCCAACGGUCUUCUACCUGACGACAAGCUCACGCUCUUCUGUGAGGUGAGUGUGGUGCAGGACUCAGUCAACAUAUCUGGGCAGAACACCAUGAACAUGGUGAAGGUACCUGACUGCCGGCUUGCAGAUGAGCUGGGGGGCCUGUGGGAGAACUCCCGCUUCACAGACUGCUCCCUGUGUGUGGCGGGACAGGAGUUUCAGGCCCACAAAGCCAUCCUGGCAGCACGUUCCCCUGUAUUCAGCGCCAUGUUUGAGCACGAGAUGGAGGAGAGUAAAAAGAACCGAGUGGAGAUCAACGACGUGGAGCCGGAGGUCUUCAAAGAGAUGAUGUGCUUCAUUUACACAGACAAGGCUCCCAACCUGGACAAGAUGGCCGACGACCUGCUGGCAGCAGCUGACAAAUAUGCUCUGGAGAGACUGAAGGUUAUGUGUGAGGACGCGUUGUGUACAAGUCUGUCCGUGGAAAACGCUGCAGAGAUCCUCAUCCUGGCUGACCUGCACAGCGCCGAUCAGCUCAAAACACAGGCCGUCGACUUCAUCAACUAUCAUGCUGCAGAGGUGAUGGAGACAGCAGGUUGGAAGUCCAUGGUGGCAUCUCAUCCACACCUGGUGGCCGAAGCUUACCGCUCCCUGGCUUCAGCCCAGUGCCCUUUCCUGGGACCCCCACGCAAGCGCCUCAAACAAUCCUAACAGCAAGACGUCUACACCGAUACAUAUACACACAUGCAUAUACAUAGAAAGACACACAGAUCCCUCCCCUCAGACAGGGGCAACCUUUCCCCUUGCUGUUACCUACUACAGACAGCCUCCCCCGAAUCUCCCCCUUCUGCCCCGUACAAACCUGCUGUAUUUAGUCUCUUCUAAAGAUGGAGGGAAGAAGAAAGCGGAAGAGGCGGUGGAAGAGAGGGGCAGGUGGGCUUGUGAAGUGGAUGUUUGUUGUUUACUAAAAUAACACCUAUCUCCCCCCCCCCCUUACUCUUCGGCGCUGGCUUAGUGAGGUGCCUGACAUUGUGCUCUUUUCCGUGUGUGAAGGCUAAAUCCCUUGACAUCCUGUUAGUUCCUAAUUUGGAAUCCAUUCGGGGGGGACUGGAACCAGCAAUCCAGAAAGAACCAACUGUCUGGAAAUCUGGAGGUUUGAAGGACAAAGUGCAGAUAAAUUAAGUCUUUAACUGUCUAUUUCAUCAAAAGGCUUCUUUUUGCUCUGUUCUUAGUGCUUGGAGUAGAGCAGUAGGACACGUCCCCAAUCUAAUGGACACAUGCGAGUGACUAAAGAAGAAGUGGGCCUGUUAGUCACAAACUAGAAGCCCCUCCCCCCCUCGAGAAA